AUUAUGCCAUCAAAAAAGUAGUAUAGUCCAAAAGCUCUCUUUCUUUCUCUCUCUCUCUCUCCAUGGCCACAGCUUGUAUUUCGGGGCACUUUCUUGCACGUUUCAUCGAUCCAGAACCAGCAAAAUGCAGUAUUUCUGCCUCACCAAUUUCCUGCAGUAGACAAUCAUCUAUUCAUUUCUUUCACCAUAAAUAUCAAUCAUGUUCAUUGUCCAUGAAUGGCUGCCAAGGAGACCCCAGAGCACCAAUCGGAACCAUUGAAACGCGCACUUUUCCAACAGUUCCAUCACCUGCAUUGGCUAUGGACACCCUCAACUCGGCCAUUUCACAGUUGAAAUCAGACCCACCGCCAUUUACAUCUGGAAUUAUUCGUCUCCAGGUACCAAUCCAACAGAAAAUCGAAGCCAUUGAUUGGCUCCACGCCCAACACUACCUUCUUCUUCCUCGCUGCUUCUUCUCUGGUCGAACUCGAACUGGCAAUUCCGAUAUUUUCAACGGAAAUGGCCACAAUUCAACCCCAAAAACUCACAAUUUGGUCAGUGUCGCUGGUGUCGGCUCCGCCGUCUUCUUUCGCCACAUCAAUCCCUUCUCAUAUUCCGAUUGGAAGUCCAUUAAGAGGUUUCUUUCAAAUAAGUGCCCUUUAAUCCGUGCUUAUGGGGCUAUCCGUUUUGAUGCACGGUCUAACAUAUCAUCUGAAUGGAAGGAUUUUGGUUCAUUUUACUUUAUGGUCCCUCAGGUUGAGCUAGAUGAGCUUGAAGGAAGCUCAAUGCUUGCCACAACUGUUGCAUGGGACACUUCCCUUUCAUGGACAUGGGCAAUGGCUAUUGAUGCACUUCAGGCUACAAUGUGCCAGGUUUCUGCCAUUGUUGUAAAGUUGCGGAAAGAAGUUCCUAAAACAUUUAUUCUAAGCAAUAAUCACAUUCCCAGUAAGACCUAUUGGGAUCUUGCUGUUAACAGAGCUUUGCAGCUGAUAGACACAGGAAACUCAGCACUGAUUAAGGUUGUACUUGCACGAAGCAGCAGAGUGGUAACCACUACUGAUAUUGACCCUAUAGCAUGGUUGGCUUGUUUACAGGUUGAAGGGGAAAAUGCUUAUCAGUUUUGCCUACAGCCACCUAAUGCAAGGGCAUUUAUUGGAAACACGCCAGAGCAACUAUUUCACAGAAAAUGUCUUAGCAUUAAUAGUGAGGCUUUGGCUGGAACCCGUGGUAGAGGUAGAUCAACAACUCUAGAUCUUCAAGUAGAACUGGACUUGCUUUCCAGUCCCAAGGACCACCUUGAGUUUACAAUAGUGCGAGAAAGCAUACGAAAAAAAUUAGAGGCUGUAUGUAAUGGGGUUGUGGUUGAACCAAAGAAAGCGAUAAGGAAACUCCCAAGAGUCCAGCAUUUAUAUGCUCAAUUGGCAGGCAGGUUAAGAAGCGAGGAUGAUGAGUUUGACAUCUUGGCUUCUCUUCAUCCAAGUCCAGCAGUUUGUGGGUUUCCAACAGAAGAGGCACGUCUGUUUAUUGCAGAAACUGAAGUAUUUGACCGAGGAAUGUAUGCUGGGCCUGUUGGUUGGUUUGGAGGAGGAGAGAGUGAGUUUGCUGUUGGCAUCAGGUCAGCAUUAGUGGAAAAGGGUCUUGGUGCAUUGAUCUAUGCUGGAACAGGGAUAGUGGAAGGAAGCAAUCCAUCUUUAGAGUGGGAUGAGCUGGAACUCAAGACAUCUCAGUUUACCAAGUUGCUUAAGCUUGAAGUGCCUCUGCACCAAAAGUUGAUAACUUGAGGAGUAUAGACUGAAAGAUUGGUGUAGUAACCAGUGGAAAGCAUUAAAACAAAGGUCAAGUUGCUGGAGAAGUUACAAUAAUCAUAGGCAAACUGUAUAUACAGCAACUCUGGCUUUGCAAUAUUCAUGGGGAAAUGAGGUUGCAGGGUGGUAGAUUAUGUCAUCGCAGAUCUUCUGAAAUAUAACUUCAGUCUUAUGCAGCAUCCGGAGAACUAGUCUUAUCUCCAUUACAUCUAUUUAAUUUGAAUGUGUUAAACAUCUACAUGUCUUAUACCUGUUCAAAUAAGCUGUGACCUUGGUAGUAUUAUUUCAGUAUCCUUUUGGCUUCAAAUAUAGGAGGGACAUGCCUUAAGCAAAACAUUCUUGCAGAAAUUGCAUCUCUUGGAGGUUGUAAAUUUGAGUGGUUUUGUGUUAAUAAUUUACCACAAAUUAGAAAUUUAAAUUUAUGUGGCGACUGAUGUCCUAAAGUGGAGACUGGAUUUCUUUAUUGAAGAGUGGAUUGUUCCUGCUGGUUGAUUCCUA